ACGAUAUCCGCCUCGCUUGGGAAAAGACACUCCAAGGCAUCCACUCGAUCCAGGGAAGGCUUCAGCUAUAUAGUGCCUCUGUCGACUGAUACUUAUUCUUCUUUCUACCCUUGCCUCACUCAUAUUUCAGCAUUCCAGUGGGCGGAGAGGCAAUCCGGUUCUUGUUUGUCUCUCUCGUCGCGAUCUCAUCCUUUCCUGAUCUCCUCUCGGGCCUCACAUUAAAAUCUACCUGGCCACCGAUUUUGAACAAGCUCAAGGGCCACCCUCAACCCCGACAAUCCAUUGAAUAUCUGAUCUUCGGUCGCAAACUACCAAUAUUUUUUUACUCGGUCGUUCCCGGGGUCAAUCGAAAACGCCCGCUUCGUUCGAGGGGAUCGCGUCGACGCUAGUACUGUCAACCCUGUCCCCUGUCGCAGUUUGUGCGCAAUCAUGAGCGCCGACGAAAACGGAGAUACCCCAAUCAUGCCAGCGACGAACGGCGAGCCUCAUCCCGAUUCCUCGGCGACCGCGACCCCUGGGAAAAGAAAGCGGUCUACUCAAGAGGAGAACUUGGGUGUCGACUCCAACACAUCCACUACAUCGCGUGAUAGAGCAACUCUUCACGAGAAUUUACGAAGCCUCGUGGGCCUCCUGAUCAAACACGACACUGAGCUACAGCUCCUAUCCUGCCCAUUCCCCACGUCCGGAACGAAGCCGCGCACGAAGCGCACCAAAACCUCAAAUGACCAGGAGACAACCAAUGUACAAAUUCGCGUCGAGUCUGGCCGGUAUAACACGUUACAAGAGUUCCUGGCCGACAUCGAAAAGGCGUCCGCAGCCGUGAUCGAGCGGAACCAGAACCAGUCAAAUGGCACCAAGGCGGAUGGCACACCUUUGACGGAGGUGGUGAACCGCAUCGCGGCCUUCAAAAAGCACAUGAAUAGCAUUGUCGGCCAAUCUUUUGUGAAUCAAACCGAGGUCAAGGCCGAAGCCUCAGAGGAUGAGGCCGAACAAUCAGCAGAAGCCCUGGCAGCCAUUCCUGGUGCCCGCGAGGACCGACAAGCCUUGACGUUCUUCGGUGCGAAUCCUUCAAACCAAGGAAAUCCGAAGCAGUUGUUCUCAAGUCUGCAAAAAUCGGUCAAGGUGCCAUUGCAAUCCUCUGAACCCGACACGGAAAAAUUUAUCGAAGUUCAGGAGCAACUUCGCGAGACCGCCCUUCCUGCUGGCAUCACUUCCACCAAGGUGGUUCCGUACAACCUAAAUGUCACCAAGCCCCAAAAGAGAACAUUCGGUGAGGUUUUUGCUCCCCGCUCGGGUCUGCCACUCAUGCAGCCUCCGCGCACACGAGCUCAUCGAAGCUCCUCGGCAUCGUGGAUCGAUCCCUUUGACGCGGUCUUCGAUACCAAGCAUUUCUUGGGUGAUCGCAAUAGCUACUGUCUGACACCCCUCCCGGCUAGCCAGUGGCUACAAUACGGCGGCGUAACGUCAUCACCCUCAUACUGGUCUCGCGUGGAGAAGCAACAUGCUGAGGUUGACAAUGGCCCGAAACACGGCGACCCUGCACUCUGGACUGGCGACGACCCUUCUUUGCUUCAAGGUGUCUUCUCAUCAUUUGCCCCGUCGUAUGACAGCUCGGGAGCUGUUCUACAAGUUGAUACUAAGGACUUGGUGUGGUGGGGGAAGCAAGGCGCGAAGCGCUUGCAGACUUUGCUUACUCUCUCAGAUGAAGAAGUUGAGACACCAGUGGUACAACCUGGCAGUAUCGGCGAUCUAGAUGAGAGCGCACUUGAUGAAAUGGUGAAACAAUUCAACCCCGAAGACUUCGCUUAUGACUCAACUCAAGACGAGCCAAGCAAAGAGGAUCCUGAAUCCCGAGAGGUCGAAGAUUUGCUUGGUGAAAUUUCUGAUCUGUUGGACACUCUGAGCUCGUAUCAGAAGAUUCGCAAUCUUCAACUUCCCUCUUCGGGAGGCGAGACCUCAGAAUCAAACGAAUCCGCUGUCCCCAUGUUCGGCACACCCGACACCCCCUCCGACGCCGAGCGAGCUGUUUACGAAACCCUCAAGGCGGGUCUCUUCGCCAUAAUCAACAAUCUUCCUCCAUUUGCAGUUGCAAAGCUCGACGGCGACCAACUCGCCGAGCUCAACAUCAGCCAAAAGAUUAUUGUCGAGAAUCCGGAUUACAGUGGCACCAUGGAGAAGGAUGACUACACGCUGCAUCAGGAUCGCGCUGCAGCAAUCGCGGCCGCCUCCGCCACGAAUGCUGCUGCUGUUACAUCGAAUGCUAUGAACCGUACCUCGACGCCUUCUGGAUCGCGCUCUGGAUACCAACAAACCCCCCAGACAACAUACAACCAACGUGCUGUCCCCCCUAAUCCUCAGAUGUCGCAGCCCCGGCCUGGGUUCCAGGUUCCACAACAAGCCCGACAGCCCUCUGCGGGAGCCUCAUUUACACCUAAUUAUACAGCUCGUCCCCCGAGCACCCCUGGGCAACGGCCUGGCUACAUGCCUCAGCAGUUCUCACAACAAGUGAACCCACAACACGGUCAAGCGGGCAACACGCCACAGUUCCAGCGGCCGCCGUCCAAUGGGUACGCGCAAUCUCCACAACAGUACACCCCACGGCCUGGGCAACCGGCUGCGUACAAUGCUACACCUCAAGGACGCACACCUUACGCCAACGCCGGCACUCCUCAGCCAUACCAAAAUGCGAACCUCACGCAGCCACAGGCUGCAUACUCGAAUUCAGCUGCCGCCGCGAUUUAUGCGCGCAGCGCUGCUGAGAAACAGCAAGCCACAAAGGUUCAGCUUGCCGCCCAGCAACGGCAAAGCCCGUCGACCCCACAACCUCAUGGUCUUGAUGCUCGCUCAUCCCACGAGGGUAGCCUGACUCCUGGCAAGCAGAACGGCACUCCCGUUCCAACACAACAGGCAAGCUAAACUAGUGCUUGUCAUAAGAUUGUCUCGCCCUUUCUGGGGCGUCUACUCGACAAUUUUCGGGGGAUGGAGUUGUUCCUUAUCACGUUGAGCUGACCAUUCUCUUCGUGAAACUCGAUCUUGACCCGACACUCAGGUCAAGGUCUUUACUUGUCUUUGGACAUGGCUUUUGUGACGCCUGGUACCGUGAUUCCUACGUUUCGUUUCUCACCGAUUUUCUUUCUCCACUGUCUUUUAAUGGUAUUUGCGUCUUAUCUCUGCGGACUCAUUGGUUUCUGUGUUCUUUAGGUGUUUGCUGGGAUGACAGCAAUUGGCGUGUGGUUGUGGGUUUCAAGACGGGUUCUACCCUGGGUAGUUUAGGAUGGUGGCGAGGCAGUCUGUUUCUGUAUCCACACUGUGGGCUUUUUUUUCCUAGAUGAGAAGAAGAUUGCUUUCGCUUUUCAACAUAUGAACAAUGGAUUGUGUCAAUGCUGAAUAGCCCGUGUCUGAUGACCGAUUCCAUAUUAC